CAGGGCAGGCAGGAGGCUGGAGACGUUGGCACAGGCGCGUGGAUUGGUGGCCGGGCGUGGCUAUGGCAUUCUGUCCCAAAGAGCAGUACUGGGACUCCUCAAGGAAAACCUGUGUCUCCUGUGCACUGACCUGCAGCCAGAGGAGCCCCCGCUCUUGCACAGACUUCUGUAAAUUUUUCAGUUGCCGAAAAGAGCAAGGAAAGUACUACGACCAACUCCUGGGGGCCUGUGUCAACUGUGACUCCACCUGCUCGCAGCACCCUCAGCAGUGCGCACACGUCUGUGAGAAAUGGCCCAGAAGCCAGGCGAACCUCCAGCCCGAGCUCAGGAGACCACAGGCUGGGGAGGUGGAAGCCAGGCCAGAUAACUCAGGAAGGCACCAGGUACCAGAGCAUGGUCCAGGAUUGAGGCUAAACAGCGAACAGCUGACUCUCUACUGCACACUGGGAAUCUGCCUCUGUGCCAUCUUCUGCUGUUUCUUGGUGGCCUUGGCUUCUUUCCUCAGGCGUAGAGGAGAGCCACUUCCCAGCCAGCCUGCUGGGCCGCGUGGGUCACAAGCAAACUCUCCCCACGCCCACCGCCCCGUGGCAGAGGCUGGCAACGAGGUGGCCGCUUCACCCCAGCCUGUGGAAACGUGUAGCUUCUGCUUCCCGGAGCGCAGUUCGCCCACCCAGGAGAGCGCGCCGCGCUCACUCGGGAUUCACGGCUUCGCGGGCACCGCUGCCCCACAGCCCUGUAUGCGUGCAUCGGUCGGCGGUCUGUGUGUUGUGCGCACGCCCACCGGGGACGCGCGUCCGGGAGCUUGACAGCCAGAAAAAUAAAAAAACAAUUUAGAGGAUGGAGUGACAGAGGGGGAAAGAGAUGGAGAAGAGACAAAUGAAGAAGACAGGAGGCAGCCCGGAUGCAUCCACGCAGAGCAAUAAAGCAACCACCCGCAGCGCCCACAUCCCCAGCGCAGCCUGUGCCGCUGUGUCCUAAACUUUCCAGAGCAGUCAACCUGUGCUUUUUCUUUUUAGUCGAGAAAGAUGGAGAAUAGCCGGCACCUAGAACAUUACCCUUACAAUUCUUACAAACAAGUGGUCUGUCCUAGGGCUUUAGGCAGAUAGCUGAGUGCAGUGUGGAUGUAUCUGUGAUUUAAGUAAUUUCUAUGUUGCUGGUUGUGUCAUGUGUGCAUGUACACGAGUUGUGUGUCUAUAUGAGUUGCGUGUAUAUGUGCACCUAUACAUAUGUGUGUGAAUUCUGUGAAAUGAUGGAUGUUACCUGGACCUCAGCAAGAGUAUGUUAAAUUGCAUCCACUUUUUAUGAGCACUUAUAGCUAUCUUUUCAGUCACAUUUAAACCUCCAGGUGCAUAAAAAUACCCUCAGCAGCAUUUCCCAGCAAGCUGAAGAAUGAGAUUGUACACGGUGAAAUUUCAUCCUUCCCACCCACAGAAUAGCUCUGAUAACAAUUCUAACAGCACAAAGUGGCUGUCCACGGAGUUUGGAAGCCUGCAGUCAAGGUGUCUGCAGAAUUGACUCUUCCUGAGGCCACACAUGUAAGAUGUUUCUUGGCUUCUUUAACUCGCUGGUAGUCAUUUUCUCUGUCCCUCUCCACUCUUCUGUCUCGGGGACCAUUCUCCCGCUUAUAUUCCAUGUUAUGAUCUGCCUAAUAUCUUCAUUUUGAUUUUUCCGUAAAGAGUCCAUCUCUGAAUAAGGCCACAUUCAAGCACUAAGUGUUAGGGACUUCAGUAUAAGUUUUGGGGGACAAAUUCAACCCACAAUGGAGGCCUUGUGAGACCAUCAGUUUGUCUUUGUUGAAAAGUUGCCACCUAACAAGAUCUUGUCUAUGAUGCGUUGAGCCAGCCUACAUCGUUCCCAUGAUCAACUUCCUACAACAGGAAUGAUAGAAAGGCAUGUGCUGGUUGUGGGCUUGGGACUGUCACCAUUGCACGCAGACUCCAGUGCUUGGCCUGUCUGGGAGAUGAACCGAUUUUUAGUCUUUAAGAUCUGUGGUUUUAAAAUUCUGCUCAUCAGAACUGAAGGGGCUGAAAAUGCAAGAUGUUUCUGGAACCAGGGUAGAGGGGAACAGAGACACCAAGAACAUAGGGUGCAGAGUCCAGCCUCGGCUUCAAAGAAUCAUGAGAAUUUUUGGUCAGCUUUUCAGUGGGUCAUUUGUGUAAAUUUCGUCUUUUACUUUCUGUUUGUAAAGAAUAGGCUCUUUUGUCAAUUUUAUCUGUUGUGUUGGGUCAGCCUGUACAAUAUAGCCUGAAUCCAUUUGCAUAGUCCCCUUAAAGUUAUUUUAUUAGAAUAAAACUAUUUUUGCUGCAGCUCUUA